CCUCAGAGCCUCGCAGAGACAGGAGUCCCUUGUCCGAAGCCCAAAGGCCUUUUCCCCGCUUCAGGGGCCUGACACCCCCUCGCCCCACCCUUCACUGCCCAUCUCUCCCGGCGAUUUUUUCCAUCCCUGGCUCUGAAAGUGUUAACCCCGGGGCUGUUUUGUAUUGUCCACCGCUCCCGCCCAAAGAUCCUAAAAAAAGGUGUCAAGUUUGGGUCCAGAUAGGGAACGGACGAUCAAAGCCAAGCCGGUACUUCCUGUCGCCCGGGGGCUAUAUAUAACGUGAUGACUGCACGGGCUGCGGACAGAGACGCACUGGAGCGCUCGCCCCGCCGCCGCCUCCCAGCGCCUGAGGUUUCCCGGGACCACAAUGAACAAGCUGCUGUGCUGCGCGCUCGUGUUCCUGGAUGUCUCUAUUAAAUGGACCACCCAGGAAACAUUUCCUCCGAAGUACCUUCAUUAUGACCCAGAAACCUCUCGUCAGCUACUGUGUGACAAAUGCCCUCCCGGCACCUACCUAAAGCAACACUGUACAGCAAGGUGGAAGACCGUGUGUGCCCCGUGUCCUGACAACCACUACACAGACACCUGGCACACCAGUGAUGAGUGUCUGUACUGCAGCUCCGUGUGCAAGGAGCUCCAGUAUGUCAAGCAGAGCUGCAACCGUACCCAGAACCUCAAGUGCGAAUGCGAAGAAGGGCGCUACCUCGAGGUCGAGUUCUGCCUGAAGCACCGGAGCUGCCCCCCUGGGUUUGGAGUGCUACAUGCAGGAACCCCAGAGCGAAACACAGUUUGCAAAAGAUGUCCAGAUGGGUUCUUCUCGAAUGAGACAUCAUCUAAAGCACCCUGUAGAAAACACACAAACUGCAGUGCAUUCGGUCUCCUUCUAACUCAGAAAGGAAAUGCAACGCAUGACAAUGUAUGUUCUGGAAACAGUGAAUCAACUCACAAAUGUGGAAUAGAUGUCACCCUAUGUGAGGAAGCAUUCUUCCGGUUCGCUGUGCCUACCAAGUUCACCCCUAACUGGCUCAGUGUCCUGGUAGAUAACCUGCCCGGCACCAAAGUCAAUGCAGAGAGCCUGGAGAGGAUAAAGCGGCGACACAACUCACAAGAACAGACUUUCCAGCUGCUGAAGUUAUGGAAACAUCAAAACAAAGACCAGGAUAUGGUCAAGAAGAUCAUCCAAGAUAUCGACCUCUGUGAAAACAGCGUGCAGAGGCACAUCGGGCACACAAAUCUCACCUUCGAACAGCUCUGCAGCUUGAUGGAAAGCUUGCCAGGGAAGAAAGUCACGACAGAAGACAUUGAACAAACAAUGAAGGCAUGCAAAUCGAGUGAGCAGUUACUGAAAUUGCUCAGCCUGUGGAGAAUAAAAAACGGUGACCAGGACACUCUGAAGGGCCUGAUGCAUGCACUAAAGCACUUGAAAACAUACCACUUUCCCAAAACUGUCACUCAGAGCCUGAAGAAGACCAUCAGGUUCCUUCACAGCUUCACGAUGUACAGAUUGUAUCAGAAGCUAUUUUUAGAAAUGAUAGGGAACCAGGUCCAAUCAGUAAAAGUAAGCUGCUUAUAACCGGAAAUGGUCACUGGGCUGUUUCCUCACAAUGGACCAGAUCCGAUGGAUGAGUUAAACUGUUUCUCAGGCACUUGAGGGGGGGGUAAAAUGAUUUCUUUCUCAUCACCAAGGACUAGAUUUGGCCCCAGGGCAUGGAAGGAAACUAUGGAAGUUGUGGAGAAAGAAUUAACUUCUCCCCAAAAAGUUCAAUAAACCCCAAAUAGUUUAUCCAACUGUCAGAUCUGGUCCAGUAUCUACUGACUAUAUUUUCCCUUAUUACUGUUUUCAGUAAUUCAACUGGAAAUAAGAAACUAGACUCUAUUGUGCCUUACUAAAUAUGGGAAUGUCUAACUUAAAUAGCUUUGAGAUUUCAGCUGUCUAGAGCUUUCAUUAGAAAGCCAUAUUUUUUUUCUGUAAAAGUACUAAUAUAUCUACAACACUAUUACAGUAUUUGCUAUUUAUAUUCCUUCAGAUAUAAGGUUUGUACAUAUUAUCAUCCUAAAAGGAAACUGUGUAAGACUUAAUUUUAGAAAGGGAACAAAUAUAUUCUGUUUAUUAUUAUGACAAAUGAAAGAGAUAAAAUAUAUUUUUAAUGAUAAGUUUGUAGCAUUUCCUAAUAGGUACUGCCAUUCUUGCUGUGUGGAGUGUUGUUUUUAUAAUAUAAUUUUACCUAUAUAAGCUAUAAUAUCAUUUUAUAGAAAGUACAUUAUUUAGUCAAUUGUUUAAUGUUGGAAACUGUAUGAAAUAUAAAUUAUCUGAAUAUUAGAUGCGCUGAGAAAUUGAAUGUACCUUAUUUAAAAGAUUUUAUGUUUUUAUUAUGUAAACAACAUCAUUAAAGUUUUCUAAUUAUUUUU